AUUACAUGCGUUGUUGGAAAUUACAAUUACGUUUAUUAAAAUAUGGUUUCAUAGUCUAUCGAAACUGCAAUUUUAGUAAACCUAAGUUUUUUAGAACUUCGAUUUUACUAGCGGCGUAUUGGAUGUUUUAUAUCAGGAUACAAAUUUGACGUCCGGGGGUCUAUAAGAUUGUGUGGGCAUUUAUGGUGUCGUCAUGUUUGAUCAAGCGCGGAUUUAUAGUUACAUCGAAAUCCCAUCUUUUUAGUUGCUCCUACAUAGUUAAGUAUCGAAAAUGUUUUGAUUAUUUGGGGAGAGGGGUUUUUCGAUAUAGUUGUUAACUUGUAACGGCGGUAUAAAUUCGCGAUGCCAAUGCCUUGUCGUUAAACUUUAAUUUUACGAUUAAUCACCGCCUGUUAAGGUCAGUCGUGUAAGUAGAUAGUCCUUUGUUAACUAUUAUCUCUCCUAUUGUUAUAUUUUUGGGCCUAAGUAUUUAUUCUUCAAUUGCGGAAGGGAUGUGAUGCCAAUGACUUAACAAUGUUAUUUAAAAACAGGUACAGUUAGGACGCCUACUCCGUGGAACUACUCAAUAUGUUUAUGCAUUGUGACGUCACGGUGCCUCGCUUUAUUUUAUGCGCUAUUAUUUUCCGGUUUGGAUGGUUUGAAAAAGUCUACAGUGUGAAAAGUUAAAUUGGUAUUUUCACUUUGGAUAAGUUUUAAAUAUUUGGAGUUUCGUUGACUGCUGAUAUUUUUGUUAUUUGUGAGUACAGUAUAUGUAAGAUGGUUUGAAAGUUUAAGGUAGGCAAUUUUCUGCCAUCUCGAUUUAGUCUCGUCCGUUUAACGUUUUCUCUGUUUUCCAGUGAUUUUUGGUUGCAGUUUUACACAUAUAGUAGGAUGGGGAAGUUGGGACAUCUUUAGCACAUAAAUCCAAAUACCCUGAUCGUGUUUUAACAAUUAACAACGCUCUAUGAGAGUCGUAAGGAUAUGGUUUAUAAUUCUUUGAAUGUUCUUUGUUUUCUACCAAGUGGAACAAAAAACAGAAUGAAAAAGUGUCCUAUCUUCCCCCACCCUACUAUGUAUAAAUCAAGUGCAGAUGUCCAAACUGUCAUUAUACUUACACGUUUUAAUAUCUAACGGGACGAGUUCUUAUUAAUAUCGAUACUGAGCUAACAUUUAUUUACCUUGUUAUAAUUCACAUAUAGUGUGUUUGUUUCAACAGAAAUCAGAAAUAUGUUUUCCACAUUGUUGGGGUCGUUGGCCCUUAAUUACAUCAGUACCUGUUUGCUCGGGAUUUUCACCAUUGGUGUUUGCAUGUACUAUUACUGGUGGAAGUUUCCCCACCAACGGUACCCACCUGGGGUAAGGGGAAUACCCGUGUUGGGGGCUUUACCCUUCCUUAGUAAAUUUGCGCACAAAGACAUUACGCGGUGGUCACGUGAGAAGUAUGGACCUAUAAUGUCUGUGCGGGCCGGACAAACUGAUUCGAUAUUUUUAAACGAUUAUGAAUCUAUUUAUGAGGCUAUGAUCAAACAAGGUCCAGCAUUUCGAUCACGUCCAGCCAUGAAAUUGAUCACCGCUUACUCAAACGGCUACGGGCUUGGUUUUUCAGAGUCCCACAAGAAACAUUCGGAUCUGCGGCAAUUUUCAUUAAAGACGUUACGUGGGUUUGGCAUUGGGGGUCGACAGUUGGAAGACCGCAUCUCAGAUAUUGCACAGGAACUUGUUCAAGCCUUUGAAAUGUUAGAUGGAAAAGCAACGGACGUAAAGAUGAUUGUUGGAAAGACCGUUGGAAAUGUUAUCGCGAGUAUUGUUCUCGGGAAAAAGUUUCAUGGAGACGAUAAAGACUUCCAGCGUCACAUUAACCUCAUAUUUGACAGCUUUGGGGACGAAGAAACUGCGAAGUACGUUCUAGCUAUGAUGUAUUUUCCAUCAUUGCGUCAUAUUCCACCAUUUAAAAACGCUUGGGAUCAGACUCUAAAGGGCCAUUUUGAACAACUUGAUUUUUGUCGGAAAGAGAUUGAAGAACUGAAGAAGACCCUUGAUGUAAAUGAUCCCAGAGGUUAUGUCGAUGCUUUCCUUAUUGAGAUGAAGAAACACUCUCCUGAAGACUCAUGGUUCCAUGAAGAAUCUCUCAUCGUUUGUGUGGUUGACCUAUUUUUUGCUGGGACAGAUACGAGCACAAGCACAGUAAUGUGGGCGAUGGUUGCCCUUCUAAACUUUCCAGAGAUACAAGAGAAACUUCAUAAAGAAAUAGCCAAUGCAACAGGUGAAGCACUUCCAAGUUUGGACCACAGGGAUGAACUUCCAUUACUCAACGCUUUUAUUCAAGAACUUUACCGCCACAUGACCCUUGGACCCUUUGGUGUUCCGCACGAAACCACAACCGAUGCGUACAUUGGCGGAUACUGUAUCCCUAAAAAUACAAGGGUGAUAACAAACAUCUGGGCUGUGCACUACGAUCCAAAUACCUGGGAGAAUCCGAGUGAGUUCAACAUUUAUCGUCAUAUUGACGAAGACGGAAAGUUCGUUCCUUCGAAGAAAGUGAUCCCGUUUGGAAUCGGAUGCAGAUCGUGUCUUGGUGAGAAGCUGGCAAGGCUUGAAGUCUUCCACUUCCUUGCCAACAUCAUUAAGAGGUUCGAGAUCCUUCCUGAUCCAGAGAGCAAGGAGCUUCCCGACUAUAGAGAUGGUGUCAAUGGUUUUGUUUAUGUCCCCUAUCGCUUUAAACUUGUUGCUAAACCGAGAAUCGACAACAAAUAAUACUGUCACGUUAUAGACGUCAUAUGUACUAUAACCUCAUAUAAAGCACAGGCGGUGUAUUAUGUUCCUGUGAAUACAAAAUCCGCCAGCCGCCACUGAUAUUAAACUAUUCUAACAAAUGUAGAUGUAUUAUUGAUCCUUUUCCGUUUUUCUGUGUGAUGUAACAUUCAUUUGUGAUGUCACACACAUUUCCGAAUGCAUCACCAGUAUUUCCGAAUGAUGCCGCCUAUUUUAAUCCAAACAACAUAUAGCAAGUUUAAGAUAUCGCGUAUUCGUGUUUUUUUGUUACUCUCUUUCUUGUUUUUUGUUUGAGAACAAACGGAGUAAUUGAAGGUAGCAGCGAUGAUGCCAGUAUUGUUGUAAGGUCGGCACAAUUUUUUGAAAGAAUAUAACCUGUAUCAUGGCUAUAUAAUUGUACUAGGCGUUAUAUAAAUUGAUUUAUGUUUUCGAUCUUUUAUCGGUUCAUUUAUUAAUAAACAACGAACAUUUACAGAUUGA